UGCUUGAAUGUUAUCUUCCAAACCUAUAGUAAAUGUUUGAUUAAGUACCCUGAUGUGAAAUCUGUGAACCAGAGGAAAAAACUAAAAUGUGAAAAAUGGACACAUUUGUGGAAACACUGUUGAACAGUGUGAUUGACCUCUUGUCAUUUAUUAGCUUCAUGAUCCAGGGUUUAAUGCUCCACUGACUAACGGACAUCCAGAUGAGUCCACAUUAAGGAACGGAGAACUGUGGUUCUGUGUGUCUCUGUGAGUCAACGACCACGGAGUUAUGGAGCUGACGAAGGUCACUGCCUUGACAGUCACUAAGGUGAACGGGUCUAACUACAACUGUGUCCCCCCUUUUUUUAUUUUCACAAAUGGUAACAGAACGGAUCAUAAUAUGUAGUACGGAAUAUUUGUAGAACGGGAUUUUUUUGGUAUAUUUUUUUAAUCUGCGUAAUACGUAAUACAUAUUCUUUAAGUUUUAUGACUACAUAUAAAUGACAAUGCUUCGCAGUAUUAGCCAUUCAAACUGCAUUCAGACACAUCGUGCACGUGUACGCAUGCGCAGUUAAUUUGGCUACUGGGUAGGAUGAAACUUCACAACACCGGCUCAUUCCAGUGGGCUGUGUUUGGUUAUGGAACGUAGCUGUUUCACCCUCUUAAAGUCAAAGAGCAGGAUUCACCGCUGCUCACUUUGAGUCAUUAACUAUCGACACCAGAUGGUUAACAUAUAUAUGGGAUUUACUAUGAAGAAUUAAGGAAAAAAGACAGCUCUUUCCUCGGCUACCCGCUGCUGACAACAUGCUAACAACAAACCUCACUGUGCUCUGCGCAUGUCCAGGACGUGUGUACAGCACUUCCUGUUCCGUCAGAAGAAACGUUCUAAAUAAAAACGAAAUAAAAUUAUUAUGUAUUCAUACUUUCAACGUAAUUAAUUCUCGUUGUUUUCAGAAAUCUAGCCAUAGUAGAAGUUACCAGAGUGUUGACAUAAUCGCAGAUUAAAAUGUCACCGACGUCAUCACAUCAUGACUUCAGUGCAUGGUGAAAAAACGUUAUGUGGCUAUAACCUGCCGGGCUCCAGUAGCGCAAUCGGUUAGCGCGCGGUACUUAUAUGACAGUACACAGUUGAGCAAUGCCGAGGUUGUGAGUUCGAGCCUCACCUGGAGCAGAAUUUUAAGCCAUUAUGACAGACCCUCUCACUCCCCCAGUACCACAAAACUUAUGGCUCUGCUGCAGUUCAUGAGAGAUGGACUAUUAGGUUUGGACAGAAUUCUGUCCAAGUUGUCAGUUGUGAUUGGAUGUGAGGUUCGGAGACAGACACAUUAGUUCAUUUGUGGACAAAAAAGCAUAAAGAAACAGUUUCUAUUAAAUUCAGAACAGAAAAGACCAAUGACAAUGUAAUUAGACUGUACCUGAGGUGUUCACCUGUGGAUAUGAGACAAACUUACACAUACACCACAACAACAGUUGAAGAGUUUUCAUUUUGUCACCACUGCUUUAGGACUGUACAACAGCACUGUGUAAUCUCUGCCGUGCUGAGUACGUAACAGGGACAGCGGUGGUGGUUUGGUGGUUGAGGCUAAGUCCUUAUCUCUGUCCUCUAUUCUGCUGAUACGCAAUAAUUUCCCCCAGUGCGGGGUCAAUACAGUUCAACAGGUUCAGGUUACAUAUGAAAAAUGUGCAGAAUUGUCUAAAGAGUUGAGAGUUCAUGAUUAACUUUAUUCAUCCCACACUGGGGAAACUGCUGACUGUUUUCACGGCAAGUCUUCAACAAAGGGUUAAAGAGGAGUUCUAUUCCAGUCGCCCCUCCCUCUGUACCGAAGAAGACAUAAUUAGAUCUUAAACUGAGGUCAGGACCAAAGGUCAGGUUAGAAUCAAAGGAAAGCUGGACAAACAACUCUUGACAGGCACAGUGACAGUGGCUUAGACAAAAUCUGUGUCUAGAUUGCUGGUUGGAUUAAGCCCAGGUGUCAAAAACAUCCGCUGACAAAGGUGUUCCAGAUUAGUUUGCCUUUCCUGCAUCGCGGCUCGGUCGGAUAUCAGUCCAUGUGGAAGCAGGACAUCCGUCAUCAUGGCAGUAAACAUCCCAGGAGUGAUAUCAAUGGCCUUUUUCUACCUGUUGGUGCUGGGGACCGGCAUCUGGGCAGCUUUCAAGGCCAGGAGGACACAGAAGAGAAGUGGAGCAGGUGAAAUAGAUAUGACUCUGCUGGGAAACAGGAGCAUCAACUGGAUGGUGGGGGUCUUCACCCUGACAGCUACCUGGGUGGGAGGAGGGAUGAUUGUGGGCACAGCUGAGGGUGUGUAUACUCCCUCCAUGGGACUUCAGUGGGCAGCCGUCAUGACAGUGGCAUACAGUGUGUCAUUUUGUUUGUGUGGUCUGGUGUUUGCUAAACCCCUGCGAGAACAGCGGUGUGUGACAAUAAUGGACCUUUUCUACGCCAAGUAUGGAAGAGUGCUCACAGCCGGCCUUUCUCUGUUUGGACUUGCCAUGGAUGUAAUGAGCAUGCCCAACAUUCUCAUUGGUUUAGGAGGAACCAUGAGCGUGGUCCUGGGUUUGUCCUACACCCUGUGUAUCUGGGUCUCUGCUGCCGUCGCCAUCAUCUACACCCUGCUGGGUGGUUUCUACUCCGUGGCCUACACCGACGUCGUACAGCUGACUCUGAUAUUCUUUAGUUUAUGGCUCUGUGUUCCCUUUGUCUUGCUGAACCCCAGCUGUUUGGACAUUGGCCUCACACUGAUGAACAACACCUUACACACUCCCUGGAUAGGUGACCUGGAAGUGAAGAACAUUGGCCUGAUGAUUGAUGAAUUCCUAUUCUUUGCCCUUGGGAGUCUGGGAUUUCAGUGCCUCCACCAGAGAACCAUGGCCGCUUCUUCUUUAACCACCGCCAAGCUCAUGAGUGUGGCUGCUGCCUUCGUUUUUCUUGUCUUUGCAAUCCCUCCCAUCCUCUUUGGAGCAGCUGCUGCAUCUGUAGAUUGGAACCUGACCUCCUAUGGUUCUCCAUCUCCAUAUGAACGUGGAGAAGCAGCUCUGAUCCUGCCCAUCACCUUGCAGCACCUCACUCCGUCUUUCAUCUCAAUCAUUGGUACUGGAUGUGUGGCUGCUGCUGUGAUGUCAUCAGUUGAUUCCAUCUUGAUUUCUGCUGUUUCAAUCUUCACCAAAAACAUUUACAAGAACAUCCUGAGGCCACAGGCCUCAGACAGAGAGAUUCGGUGGUUGAUCCAGGCUACAAUGUUGGUUGUCGGUUUGGUUUGUACGUUACUGACCAACGUGACCAAAAGCACCCUGUUGUUCUGGUUUCUCACUGCUGAAGUGGCCUACAUCGUGAUCUUCCCUCAGCUGCUCUGCAUUGUCUUCUUCAACAUCUCCAAUGGUUAUGGAGCAGUGAUAGGCUGUGUGGUGGGAUCAAUGCUGAGACUGCUGAGUGGAGACACAUCACUGGGACUGCCAGUGGUUCUCUGCUUCCCAGGAUGUGUCCUUGAAGAUGGAGUUUUGGUCCAGUAUGCUCCAGUAAGGACCAUCUCCAUGCUGUCAGCCAUUGCUGCCAUCCUGUUCUUCUCCUACCUGUCGUCUGUGCUCUUCAACAAAGGCCUCCUCCCUGAGAAGUGUGACGUGUUCAGGGUGAAAGCUCAGCAGUCACUCCAGCAGAUUAGUCCUAAAAAGCAGACUGACUCUGAAAAAACAGAUUUUGAGACUAGAGUUUGAAGAAGCUUGUCAUUUAACAAACAUAACUAUAUUUAAAUUGAAGUUUCAUUAUUAUUAUUAUUUAAUUAAGUUUAUGGCCUCAGAUCAAUAAAAGUUAACUCUC